ACAGAGCAAAAGCAAAAUCUACACGCAGCGUAACAAUAAUUUCAGUCGUCUUUUCCCGACCAGCCAGCCCGCGGUUGUUGUCCAACAAAAAUUUCAUCCACACACAAAACGGAAUUUGUUUAAACAGAUUUAUUUAUUUUACACAUAUCGAGAAAAGUGAUUGCCGGCUACAGAGGCGUCGGCAACGGCAGAGCAUAGGCGAAGGCAGUGCAGCAGCCGUCGAGUGAGUGAGUGAGCGAGGAAAAGUGAAAAGCCGGGCGGAAUAAGGGGAAGAGUGUGAGGGACUGCCGGCAUCCUCCGAGGAAAGCCAACCCCAAUCCCAAUUCCAAUCUCAAUCCCAAUGACCAGCCAACUCCCGCGUUUAUGCCCGGUCUCGAAUCGUUUUAUAUACACCCGUGCACAGAGUACGGGUGUACGGGUGAACGGGUGCAGUGCCCCCGCGUUUUGCCUAAUUUUAUUUCGAUUUUCCACUUUUUUUCCCUGUUCCCAGCCCUAGAGGCAAUUUGCGGGCAUACAGCAUACAGCCAUGACGAAGCAACUGCUGCAACAUUCAACGUGCUACACUCCACUCGAUGUGUAUUCCAUGUGUAUAGCCUGCCGCCCCGUCGAUGCCCAUACAAAUAUUGACUAAACAAACGAAAUGUAGGCAAUAAUAUUGCUUGCGAUUUAUCUCAGUGCACAGCCAGCCGCCCACAUCGUUUACAGGGUGGUCGUUGGCCCUCCCCCUCCCUCAGACAUGCACACUCGCCUCAGCACAAGUGCCCCAUAUGUGAAUGUUUGUGUAUCCACGGAGUCACGAGAGACACGCAAGUCUAUGGCAUUCGACAGUUAACAUUCCACAGUUCAUGCCCACUCGUUUAUCACCUGCGAUUGCCAAGUCUAUUAGGGUCGCGAGAAAUUUAUGCUCAUCUUUGGGGCACUUCCGUACUUUCCCUGGCAAGCACUUCUAAGGACUCUCCCUCUCUCUGUCUGCGGGACAAAGUGGCUGUCUGGAACACUGCGGCGAGCAGCGAACAGCGAAAGCAGACAACAGGGCCCGAAUGACAAUUGAAAGGGGCACAAAUGAGCAUGCAAAGAACGGCACUCGAGCAGUGCAUAGACUAGCCUGGCGGCGGGUGGGAUUCCAUUCCAUUCCUCCAUUAUCCUGUCGGCGCACUCAAAUUACUCAUACGACGGGCUGCCUGCGCGACGGAACACAAUGCCGUGCACCUCAAGUGACAACUGGAGACGUUUGCACCGUCCUUCACUCUGGCACCCAUAUCCAGUCGCUACCACCGACACAGCUUGAGGUGUUGUUUGCACACAGCCUUUGAAGUAAUUGUUAAUCUGUGAAUUCGUACAUCCCCCUCCAUUUCAAAGGGGACAACUAUCCGCGGAACGUUGUAAAUCCUCAAAGUGUGCCACAAGCAGUGGGAUUUAAUACAAUUUCGUGUACUCAGCACUACAUAUACUCGCACGUAUGAAUAAAGGUGAAUAUCUUUCUAGGCAGCACGCCUUAGGCCCUCAGAGUCUCUAUGGAAUGUUAUUAGAUUAAAAAAAAAACCGUCAACUUAUUAAUUUGUGGAAUAAGACUGAUUCGAAAUGACAGGGCACAAACAGGAUGAUGCAUCCUGAGAAACUGAGAAACUAGCGCAAUAGAAGAGGAGAAGGGAAGCAGAGGACCACGCGCCAUCAAGUACCGAAUCAUUCAACAUAUCAUUUUGUGUAGAACAUAGUACGAGUAUCAGUAUUAGCAGCAUGUUGGACAUCACUUGGCUACCCACCGCCUGCGGCUCGCUUGCCCCUGCUCUAAUACCACCGGCACAUAUUGCCAUUCUUUGGUACUUCUGGGAGAACUACGCCCGGUACGUGGAUAGGCACUUCUGCACCUGCUCAUGCUGGGACACAGUGUUCAAGGGCCCGUACGAGUCGGGGGUGGCCGCCUACAAGCACAUGUACUUCAAUGCCACUCCCAACAGCUUCAAGAUGUGGAUACUGACCGUCUUCGCAGUGAUUGCCCUAUACGAGUGCAUCAAGCGACUCAUCGCCCUGAUCCUGCAGAGCCGCGUGCGCUACUCGAUGCUGUUGCUCUUCCUGCUGUCCAUCUUCUCGCACUACUACGCCUGGUGGGCGUACAUCAACUACUAUAACGAUGACUACUACAACCAGUGGAACCACCAGCUCUUCUUCACGAUUACCGAACUGUUUUCAACAGUGCUGGUGAUGCACCUGGCCAGCACCACGAACGUCGUCACACCGAAGAAGGUCUUCUGCAUUGUUGGUAUCGCCUUGCUGCACAUCCUCGCCAGCAGCUUCGACCAGUUCUUCCUGAACGUAGUGCGAGGUGAGGGCUACGCCCACCAGAUAGUCCGGGACAUUGGAUUCAUGGUGCCCGAUCUACUGCAGCUCUUCGUACCGGUGUGGCUGCUCCGCCAAACGCGACGCGAGAGCUACUCGACUCGGCCGUUCUAUCGGGAUCGGAAGCUGCAUCGCGACAUCGUGGCCAUGUUCUGCCUCGUUUCACUGCUCUUUGUUCUCUGCACGGUUUUGUGAGAGCGAAUUCUGCUGGACGCCUACGAGGAGACGCACGGCAAGAUCGAGCCCGUGCAGGAUGCAGCGGUGCAGCUGCUGAACCGAUAUCGAAAGCUGGCCAGUGGCAAUGUCCACAACUAGGGACAGAUAGAUGGACACGGACACGGACACGGAUCGAGGUGGAUUGACGAGGACAAUAUGCAGCACUUGGCAGUAAGUGCAGGGCGCAAACACGUCCCGAUUCCUGUAGAAUUUUGUAUUUUCAUUUACCAUUUGUGAUAGUUUUUUCUGUCGUGAGUUUUGUUUGUUUUUUUUUAAGCAGUGAUGAAGCAUAUCGAUAAGCAUAAUCACCAUAAUAAUCAAGGUACAUAAUCAAUACAGAAAUCUUCCAUUUAGAAACAAUGUUGACCGAUGUUGAUGUUGAGUUAAAUCAUAAUCCCAUAGUUGGCAUAGGUUUAAGCGUACAAUAAAUAGCAUAGAGAUCCUAGAUUCGAGUGUAAGUGUAGCCCCCCCCUCUAGAAACAACGAACAUGUGAAGAACAUGUGACUGAGUGUGCCACUUGUGCGUAUAUACCUAGUGUAGUGCCAUUGAUUAUACAAGCGAACAACGAUGAAUUGUGGAUGUGGAUACACCCCACCCGAUGAAUUAUUAAUCUACCUUAACAUGUUAUGUGUGUGACUUACGACUGUUGUUCGAUAAUAAUGCUAACAAUGUUAUACAUGUCGAUCCAUAUGGCAACCCAAAUAUUUCAAUACAUCUCGUAGAUACAUAGGCCUCACAACAAAAACCCCAAUCGUAGUAAUCAAAAUUAGUGUUAAACGAUAUUGUUACAAGGAAAUCAAAAAAAAAAAAUUUGGAAUAGCCUAUACAUAUACACCACACAUCUAUA